UUAUUUUGUAUUAGCAAAAAUUUAGAAACGGACAAAAGGGUAUUCGAGUUGUAUCGCAUUGCUUCGCUGUAGUGACUUCAAUUAAAACCCCAACCUCACUGUGAGAGAGAGUGCAAUGCUCACUCUCCCACUCUCAAACCUCAGGUCAGUAGGAAACCUUAGCAAUGUCGGAUCUUGAGGCUCCGCUGCGCCCCAAGAGGAAGAAGGUUUGGGUGGACUAUUUUGUCAAGUUUAGAUGGAUCCUUGUCAUUUUUGUGGUUCUUCCCAUUUCCUUCACCAUUUACUUCCUCAUAUACCUUGGGGAUAUGAAAUCUGAGUGGAAGUCCUUUAAGACGCGCCAGAAGGAGCAUGAUGAGAAUGUCAAGAAGGUUGUCAAGCGUCUCAAACAGAGGAAUCCGUCCAAGGAUGGUCUUGUCUGCACGGCUCGUAAGCCCUGGAUUGCGGUUGGGAUGCGGAAUGUGGACUACAAGAGGGCUCGCCAUUUUGAAGUUGAUCUGUCUGCUUUCCGUAACAUACUUGAGAUCGACCAGGAACGGAUGAUUGCUAGGGUUGAGCCUCUUGUUAACAUGGGGCAGAUCACCAGGGUGACUGUGCCGAUGAAUCUUGCCCUCGCUGUGGUUGCGGAGCUGGACGAUCUUACUGUUGGUGGCCUCAUUAACGGCUAUGGGAUCGAAGGAAGCUCCCACUUAUAUGGCCUGUUUGCUGAUACCGUUGUGGCCUUUGAAGUUGUUCUAGCAGAUGGUUCCCUUGUUAGAGCCACCAAGGAGAAUGAGUACUCUGAUCUAUUUCAUGCUAUUCCUUGGUCUCAGGGAACUCUUGGGUUUCUUGUUGCUGCUGAGAUCAAGCUUAUACCCAUUAAGGAGUACAUGAAGUUGACUUAUCAACCUGUUGUUGGUAACCUGCAAGAGAUUGCACAGGCAUAUACUGAUUCUUUCUGUCCCAGAGAUGGAGACCAGGAUAAUGAAGAGAAGGUUCCAGACUUUGUUGAAGGAAUGGUUUAUACACCAACAGAAGCUGUGAUGAUGACAGGGAGAUAUGCUUCAAAAGAGGAGGCCAAGAAGAAGGGGAAUAAGAUUAACAGUGUGGGGUGGUGGUUCAAACCCUGGUUCUAUCAACAUGCACAGUCAGCACUGAAGAAAGGAUUGUUUGUAGAAUACAUUCCUACCAGAGAAUAUUACCACAGGCACACAAGGUGUUUGUAUUGGGAGGGAAAGCUUAUCCUUCCAUUUGGUGAUCAAUUUUGGUUUAGGUAUCUGUUUGGCUGGUUGAUGCCACCCAAGGUUUCUCUGCUCAAGGCAACUCAGGGCGAAGCUAUAAGAAACUAUUACCAUGAUAUGCAUGUCAUCCAGGACAUGCUUGUUCCUUUGUACAAGGUGGGAGAUGCGAUGGAAUGGGUUCACCGUGAGAUGGAGGUAUACCCCCUUUGGCUAUGCCCACACAAGUUGUUCAAGCUGCCAGUCAAGACCAUGAUUUACCCAGAACCAGGCUUUGAACUGCAUCGCAGGCAAGGAGACACACAAACUGCUCAAAUGUACACAGAUGUUGGAGUUUACUAUGCACCAGGUCCUGUUUUAAGGGGUGAGGUAUUUGAUGGCGCAGAAGCAGUGCGUAAGAUGGAGGACUGGUUGAUUGAAAAUCACGGUUUCCAGCCACAGUAUGCUGUGUCUGAGCUGUCCGAGAAAAGCUUCUGGAGAAUGUUUGAUGCAGGUCUAUAUGAGCAUGCUAGGAGGAAGUAUGGAGCUAUUGGAACCUUCAUGAGUGUGUACUACAAAUCAAAGAAAGGCAGGAAGACUGAGAAGGAGGUGCAGGAAGCGGAGCAAGCACACCUUGAAACUGCAUAUGCAGAAGUUGAUCAACCAGUAGACUGAUUUUGAAUUUGGUUCGUCUGAUGGUAGAAUUUGUUGCAUGUUGUUUCUGAAUUUUAUCAUUUUGCAUUUGAAUUUUCGGAUCUCUGGCUUAGUCCUUAGUUGCUGAUUAUGUUUUGGAUUUUCUAAAUGUCUUUCACGAGUUAUGUGGACCUAACACACCUAACACGUUGAUUGUUACUGGUUGAGACUGAAAUGGCUUUGUAGAAUCAAGAAAUUUCUCUAGUCCUUGAAAUUCAA